AUGAGUUCACCCUUUUCCAUGUUGAAGAAAACCAAGCGCAGUCCACUGCAGGGCUCUCCCCAUGACCAAUGGGACAAACAAAAGCUCGCUCUCAGGAGGAAUCUGCAACAAGAGUUUGAGGAAGAUUUGGCUGCCAAUGACUCUUCUGAUCCAGCUCUGCACUCUUCUCUAUCUGGCAAAGACCCCUUCACCUCACGGCCCAAAAUGUCAUUAAACAAAGUAGAACGAUGCCAACCAGGCCUUCCUGGAAGUGACUCUGAGGUCACAUCUGCCAUGAUUCAGCGAGUGGCCUUGCUGGAGAAAACGGUGAAGACCCAAGCACAGGAGACAGAGAGAUUGGGAAAGAUUAUUUCCAUUUUGGAGGAGAAGCUGAGGGCUCAAGAGGAAUCAGUAAAGACACAUUGCUCAAGAGACAGAGAAGAUCUUGAAAGAAGGUUAAAACAGCUGCAAAAUCAAGUGUAUGAAAUGGAGACAUUUCUGGGUGACUGUGCUCUGGUCUCGGCAGAGAAUGAGGACAGCUCAGACGUCUGGCAGCCAGGAACAUCUGCAGACAGAAGCUUCCGUGUCGACUUUGACCUUGUGCUGCAGAGGAUCAAGGACCUGAACAUCGUGACAGGGGAAGGAGAGUGUUUUGUGCAAACAACAUUGACGGGAGCAAAGCUGGCAAAAAAGGAUCCAAUUCCACUUAGGCUCUACAGCAACGGCAUGAUGAUGUUUGAUGGUCCUUUCCGCUCUUAUCAGGAGCCCAGUACCCAGCAGUGCAUGCAAGACCUGAUGGAUGGCUAUUUUCCAUCAGAGCUUCAGCAAAGAUUUCCAGAUGGCAUACCAUUUGAGGCUCAUGACAGGCGACAUGAGGAAUUUGUCAUCAGGCGGCCAUGGGACACGUUUCCUGGCAAAGGACAGGCUCUUCUUCGGGAGAAAGAUGAAUCGUGGAAUGCAGUCAGCUCUCAGUUACAGGGUAAGAACCUGAGCACAGAGCGGUUCCUGAACAAGCUUCAAAAGGUGGUAGUCGAAGCCGAUAAGAUGAUCGAUAUCAGGGACUCGCUGAGGACAUUACUGCAGGGAUCAUCUGACACCCAGAGCAGCAGCUCGAUUCUCAUAAACACACCAGCACUGCAAGCAGAAGACGAGAGAAAGCAGACACACACAGAGAAACGUCCACCUGCCAAUGCCAGUAUCAAACUCAAGGUGAAAUCCGAAGAGGGAAACCGUACUUACAUGAUGAAAAUGUGCCUCUCAGAAACAGUCGGGGACCUGAGGAACCAUCUGGACAAGCACAGAGGGACUGUGCUGCCUGGUUACGACAUCAUCAGCGUGCUUCCCAAACGCUGCUUCAGUGAUGAUAGUCAGACGCUCCAAUCAUGUGGACUCUUGGCAAACACUACCCUGCUGCUGCUGCGAAAAACGCAGCAAAGUCAACCUCUGAUGGAAGUUUAUAAACUUACUUAAUGACUAUACCUUUUAUUUG